CCACCCAAUGUUAUUAGUACUAUAUCUUUAUAACACCAUUUGUAUAACUAUUUAAAUAUACAUAUCAAUUAAGAAGACCACAACUAAAUUUGAUAGCAGGUCAAUGAUAAAACAGUAAUUUAAUCAAUUAAGAGGUUUUUGACGACAGAUGGAAAAAUCCAAAUCAGUUCUCGUAUAGGUAUAUAUAACGGUUUUCUUGAAAAACAAAUCAGUUUUUGGUUAUCUCUAGAACAUAGUACUCAGAGAUGAAGUUCCAAAUUGUUCUCGUCUUAGCUAUAGCAGCUUGUGCAUUCGCUGAUGAAGUUACCGAAGAACCGACACUCGCCAUUGAUGAUGUCAAGGUUGAAGCUAACGAUGAUGAUCAAAUAAAAGUAGAAAAUGAUCAUGCCGAAUCUAAAGAUGAACCCGUAAACGAAAAGCCAGACGAAGAACAGGUUUCAAGUGAUGAUCAAAAAGACGGUUCGGAUAUCAAAAGUCCCAUAAUCUUUGAAUGGACGUCAGUGUACCGUAACCAUGAUAUUGAUGUCGCUGUGCCUGUCGGUAUCGAGUGGCCGAGCAAUGUGGUGGACUUCUUAAACGCUCUCCACGGCGAAGGACUUAAGAUGGUUCCCGAAAAUGACGAUUAUGAUAUUCAUCUUGCAUUUCCAACUGUACUUUAAUGUUUGUGAAUAAAAUAUUGAUUUAAAAAA